CGCCAAAGAAAUCUUCAGCUACUGAUUUCUAGUUGUAUUCGGUGAAAACAGCGAGUGUGUUAUCAGCAGCAAGCAACAAGAUGGCUUACCAUAAAGGUUUCUCUACAAUUUUGAUAAUAUUUUGUCACAUCUAUGCGAACUUUGGUGCGCCAAACAAUGACCUGGAGAUAAGGUAUGCUUAUCUGCAACCGUUACAACUUUUUGCAAACCAUUUCGUAGAACUGCAUGAGUUGUGAGCUAAUCCGGCGUUUGGAAAAAUUGUAAAACUUUCAACAUAGUAACUAAUCCAACUUUAGUCACUCUUAUCCGUUUUAAGAUAAAAUAGAGAUAUAGAUCGAUGUAACUUGGAAGCUGUUCGUUUCAAUUUGUACUUGAGAAGUCAUUAUUGCAGUAGCUUUUUUUUAUAUCUUAAAAGGUCAAUAGGGGGCUGAUGCAUGCAGCAGUGCACAUUGCAAUAUAUUUCGAAACAAAUUUGCUAACAACAUGCAAUAAUGAACAGGUUUAGCUAAUUCGUCCGAGCUCAUUCUUAUAUAGAAAUGAAGUAAACAAUGAUGAUGUUGUUCAAUCGGAUGUCCAAGUUCCAAACUAUCUACCUCGAGGCCUGUCUGGAAGAGAUGGCAAGUAGCCAGACAUAUAUUUCAUAUAUAAUUUUCAUAAUUAGUAAUGUAUAUAACAGUAUUAUUCUCUCAAACUGAAAAGAUAGUUCUAGAUAAUGACAGUUAGAUGCCAUUUUGGGAGCAUAAUAGAAAAGAAAAUGUUAGUGGGUCUAUUCAAAAAAGAAAUAUCUUUGAUACUAUUUGCAUAUAUACUUGAAUAACAAAUUUCUUCGUUCUAUUUAGCGGUGAAUAUUAAAAGGGUAUCCGAUGUCGAGCAUCAUUGAGUAGAACUCAAGGAAACAAAUAAACUAAUUAAUCCCUUAUAUUAUUUUAUGCAUGCCUAUCCGAUAUAGCCAUUAUAAGAAACUCCAUUUUAAGUCUCCUCCCGUUUUGUUGGUGCUAUUGGCUCUCGCCUGCAUUAAUUAGGAUUAUUUUGCAUUUAUCACUCAAAACCCCCAGACAGACUGCCAUAUAUUAUAUAACCAUGCAGAAAUGGAAACCAAGUUUAAAACAUAAAAAAUAAUUAAUUAUCAAAUAAUAACUUACAGGGACGAUUGAACUGCAUUCCAACGAAAGUUUUAUCAUUUCAUCUAAACUGGACUUCAAACAAUCAAAACAUUUAGUAACUGGAUUGAAAUAGUAAUUAAUCUCAAAUUAUUGUUAACGACUAAGGUUCUAUUAUUUCUUUUCAAUUCAGAAAAUAUUUUAGACAGUCUAUCCAAAUAUGAUUCCGGAUCACUGGACGAAAUAACUGUAUUUAUUUUUUUUUAUUUGUGCAUCCCUAGUGAUAUUUUUUAUUUCCUGCAAUCUGAUUGGUGCAGCAGCGGGCAGUUUUUUACGAUAUCUUACGGUGGCCCAAAAGUGUUAUUUUUUAGCGACAAACUGAGCAGUGAAAACAAUUUUCAAACUCAAAACACUACCCGAAGAGUUUAAAAUCCACCCUAUCUAUACUUAAAGCAGUAAAAUACGGUGAGUUGGCUUCAGUGAACUUAGUGCUAAGCCCCAAAUGUACUUUUCUCCGACCAAAAUGCGAAGAAAAAAACAUAAACAUCGAAAAAACACUGGCCAGUGCUACAUGGUUUGCUUCAAAUGUGGAGACAUAUAUUCAGCUAUUCUUCGAAAAUAUACGUAUAAAUAGUACAACGUAGAACUUGUCCUUAAACAUGAAAGUUAAAAAAACCAAGAUUAAAGACAAUUCCUGGGCUUAUUUCGGUCAAGAUCGUUUUUAUAAAAGUCGUAAUGAACAAAUUGCUUUUCUGGAAUUAAAAUUUGUAUUUUUCUGUAAAAAAAGCAUUUUUCAAGCAUGUUCAUGCUUCAAAACAAAUCGGAAAAUAAAUAUUUUUACUUAGUUUUCCUUCUGUUUUCUUGGUGAGUAGAAAAGCAUCUGUUGCAAUGAAACCACAAGAUUUUUAUCCAGCAUAUUUCGCUUCCGGUACUCCGGUUUUAGCAGUUUGUCAGGCAUGCUUGCACUAUAAAACUAACAAACGCAACUGAUCUCCAAUGUACUUCGCAACUGGAAUUUUAUCCGAAUUCAUUAUAACCAUGAACUAUCAAAUAAAAAAAUAAACACGUCUCAGAAGCGUCUCAGAAGCAUCUCAGAAGCCUCGGCCUCAGAAGCGUCCCUCGGCCUUCGGCCUCGUGCCGCUUCUGAUACCUCGGGACAAUAUUUUUUUCAGUACGGACCUCGCAGCCGGUAAAUAACAUAUAUGUAUUUCUCUUAUGAUCACCAGGAAAAACUGGACCUAGAGGAUUUCGGGAUGAACCAGGAGCAGCGGAGGGUUCUGGAGGAUCUGUCUAUACAAGAUGGGGUAGGAAGAGCUGUCGCAGAGGGACUACGCUGUUAUACGCGGGUGUGUAUAUAGACGUUUAGGUCAAUAUAUAAAUAAACGCUUAGAUUUUCAUUCCAGUCAUUAAAUUCUGGGUGAUAAAAGUUGUGUGGUAACUUGAGCACCAAAACCGAGGAAAGAAUUUAAUUAAGGCCGAUUCACACUGAGCAACUUUUUGGUUAAAACUGUUGAAUUGCGACCUGCUUACAACAUGAGCUAUAUUGCGUACAGUAAAUCAAGUUACAACAACGUAGGCCAUUUGUGCGCUUUAAUUACACAUUAUUUCAUGAUUGACUCGGUUUUCUUUGAUGUACCGCGGGCUGUAUAUAGCAUAAUGCCCUUGAAUACCAUACAGCCCUAAUUAGUCAAGAAAUAAGCGAGAAAACUAGAAAAAUACUUGUCGAAAUCGAAAAAAAACAAUAAAACUUUGUUAGAAAACCUCUUCAAUCAUGAAAUAAGUCAGUUAAUUACCUCGAAUAUCGGGCUUUAUGCUAUAUAAAGCCCUCGAACGCUUCGCGUUCUCGGGGCUGUAUAUAGCAUAAAGCCCUCCUUCUCGGUAAUUAACUCUUACUUAUAACCCAAGUAAACAGGUUGCAUGCAGGAGUUCUAGCUAGAGAGCCGGUGUAGUGUAAAUCGGCUUUUAAAACAUCAAAGAGGAAUACAUUCAUGCGCGAAACAUGGAAAUGAUGCUUUGAUUCGUUUCUUCACAAUAGUGCUUUUGCUUGCAGGUGUAAUGGGUGGCUCGUACUAUUCUUACGGUGGUGGUUCAAACUAUCUCUGUAUGCCACUCGAUCCAACAUACGAUAAGACUGUGAAUGGCAACCAAGGUUACUCAUAUGUAUAUGGAAUUGAAUACGAAAUGGGUGCACACGCAUCUCUUUUCCCGAAGAACCUUCAUGACCAUGACGCAGUCUGCGCCGUGUGCUUUGCUGAGUCACGUGGAAGUCAGGUGAUGAUCCCUGCUCGCAACGUUUGUCCAGAGGGUUGGACCCGAGAGUAUACCGGUUACUUAAUGUCGACACAUAUUUCGUAUAAACGAAGUGAGUUUAUUUGUGUAGAUGGUGCCCCAGAAGCUAGACAAGGAACUCGAGCAAAUUUAAACGGUGGUUUGUUGUAUGUGGUUGAAGGUCGUUGUGGUUCUUUGCCGUGUCUUCCAUAUAAACAAGGUGCUGAAUUGACAUGCGCAGUUUGCACCAAGUAAUCAGCAUUCAACAUUUUCAUGAUUUAUUCAACUUUGUUUUAAUUGACGAAAUAUACGUAUAUUAACUUUAUUAUGUUUUCAUUAUUCCAGUUUGGCAACUUCUUUUAUUCCGGUUUGGCAACUUCUUUUAUCAAAAUAAUGUUGUAUUAUUAUUCAGUUGAUUUCUUCUGGUAUUUGAUUAUGUUUGCCCGAAGUGUAAGGUGGCGACAGCACUUUUUUACCUGGGCACUUUUUUCUCUCUUUUACAUCAACUGUUGGUCAUAAUUAC